AUGCAAACGUUUUCGGUCUUUUGGAUUUUGUUUUGUUCCAUUAAGGCGGUUGUGGGACAAGAAACAGCACAGCCAUUUUAUAUAUCUGGUCCAUUUGAUUUUGUGAAUGGAAAAUACCAAGAUUUUGAAUCCCAGGCGAUGGACCUGGAAGGUCAAUACUGUAAAAGUUCAUGCUCGGAACGAUUUAAAAAGUUGUUUUGGGGUGAAUCUAAUUACCGAUGUGCACCGUGUUUUUGUGACUCUGAUUGUUAUAAGUAUAAUGAUUGUUGUCCAGAUAAGAUUUUAUUUGAGAAACCAGAAACUGAAAUACAACCAGAUACUAAAUAUGGCUGCCACGGAACCAUCAUUAAAAAUGAACAAUAUCAGGAAUUCUAUCAAAUGAUUGACAAAUGUCCAGAAUCUUUCACCAAUCAGGAAAUCAAAGAGAAUUGUCAUAAAUCCGAUUCUCUCCAUUGGAAAUACGUGAAACCAUAUUUUGAUUUUAAAACCAAAGAAACCUACCGAAAUAAAUAUUGUGCUCUGUGUAAUAAUGUGAUGAAUUCUAAAUCUUAUGAAACACAAAUAACUUGUCAAACUUUCUAUGAUUAUGGAAACUCGAUAAAUUCUACUGAAGUUUAUUAUCACGUGAUCAAUAAUUAUAAAUGUCAGGUGAGAUUUAACCCCCCAACAACACAAUCCAUAGACAAGAGACAAUGUGGAGCUGUUUAUCAACCAUUUUAUUCUAAAUGUAACGAGACUGGCUUGUGGGGAUUCUUUGAUGAACGUGUUGAACGAGCAUGUGGACUUUAUACCAACAUUGUUAAUGAAAAAUAUAAAAAUAUUUUCUGUCGGCUUUGUAAUGAAAAGAUCUUCUGGCGCGAUUUGAGUUAUGAACCAAACAGAAGAAUUGAAGUAGGACUGUUUAGUAUGACUAGUUUAUUAAAUUUAGGUGACGAUGAUGAUACUGGAUUUUUUCAAAAAACUCGGAUAGCGCACCAACAAAACCUACAAUGA